AUGAGAGCGGAGUUAUACGGCUGUACUGGAGGUAAAUAGACUCCUAAUUGCCAUAUCGAAAAAUGCUGAAAGAAAAAAUGAUAGUUAUACAAGGCCACAUACGAAUAGGCUCUUUGCAGCUGGUCACUCACGUGGUAAAAACUCGCCAUACGGGAGAGCAAGAGGCUCACUGGGAGCAGACAAAGGGAGGAAAUUAACAUUUUAUAUUAUUAUUCAUUCAAAAUAUUUCUCUGUUUCUGAUUGGCUAGAAUCAUACGCAUAAUUCAUCAUAAACUAGUUACUGUUGACCAAAUUUGAAAGAAUUUUUGCGAUAUUGAACUGAUGACGUCAAUCGUUCUGCAAAAUUGCCAGAUUAUUGAACCGUUAAACGAGAAAACCUGGGCACGAGGUUGAGUUUUUUUUGGUAGUGAUACAAAUGGCGGAACUUUUUACUCGUUUCGCAAGGAAGAAAUAGGCAAACGUUAGGUUCAAAACACAGCAUAAAUAGCAAGAAGACCACUCGACGGACGACAUCAUGCUAUUUGGAGAAUAUUUGCAGAAAUGAACAACCGUCCAUCUCCUAAACUUGCCGACCAAAAAUGCACUAUCGAAGAUGAACUUAACAUCAAUGGAGGUAAGCAUAGUUUAGCUUGUUUUUAAACUACGAAUUACUUUGAAUGAAUAAUAAAACAAUUAUUGAAUUUGGCUUUCAUAUCAUCUGAAGUAUUAUGGAGAUCUCGGAGGGUGUUAUCCACCGAUAGGAGCUCUUUGUUUGGUUGUUUUUUUUUUCUGUCAAAGUGCGUUCCAUUCUCUCCAGCAUGGGACGCACUGUACCACGUGAAUGACUAGCUUCAAAAGGCCUAUUAGCCAUGCCGAUAUGCAUUUCGUCCUUCUUAGAAAUACAUAUAUGGUGCAGGACUGAGGAUCAGAUUUCUUCCAUCCAGUAUAGCCCAAAAUUGAUUUAACAAAGGGAAGCUACCAUCACAUGACAGAAUUAAUUCGGGAAAGUGAAUUCGGCCUUCGUUGUUGCAUGAACGCAAGCCUUUGGGUGGCGACGUGAGCGCUGCGUAUCAUAUAAUAAUGGAAACUUUAUUUGUGUUUGUAUAUGUUUGUAUAUGUAUAUGUACAAUUGUAAAUCUCGCUACGAAUAGGCAAUUUACAAAUGCUGCUUGAGAUUAAAUUAUUAAAAAGAAAAAAAACAAAAAACAAAAACAAAACAAAACAAAAGUAAUAAUAAUAAUAAUACUAUUAUUAUUAUUGUUACCUAUUAUCAUUAUCAUUGUAUUAUAAUUAUCAUAGUUAUUUUCAUUAAUAUUAUCAUUAUUAUUAUUAUUAUUAUUUUUGUUAUUAAUAUGAGGCAAUAUUCUUUUGAUUUUGUAAAUCAACAACGUGAUGCCUGUCCCUUCCAGUUGUACCCACAAACAACCCGUACAGAUGGAAGCAGUGUACGACUGGCCAAUGGAUAAGUCAGGAGGAAGUACGUCAUCUUACUGUCCCGACACAAUCUUGGCUUCAGACGCCAUCAAUAGUGGAAAUACAGACAGGUGUGGCUUCUUACUUUAACUGAGCAUUUGAAUAAGCUAUGUCGCAGCAUUUGCUUUGUUUUUAAAAAGCUAAAACGUGUCUUCGCUUCAGUUGAAUUCCAAAAUUUAACGGUCCAGUUUUGUUAUUUAGGGGCUAUAUUUAAACACUGAAACUGUUCUCUGUCGCCUGGUUCAACGGAUGGCAAAAAUGGAAAUGGGAUCAAACUUGAAAACAAUAGGUCAACUUUUUCAACUUUAAAUGCUUUAUGCCUGCCAAAUUCAGCACUUGAAAUUUAAUUUGUUUGAUAACACCUUUAAACUCUACGGGAACUAGAGAAAUGACUAAAGGCACUAAAGUAAAGACUUCAGCCUAGAAUUGACCUAAAACAGUAAUAUCUUCUUGACAUUGCCCUGUAACUGCCGCCUGGUUUGUUAAUUAGACCCUUCCGCGGCUUAUUCAACUUUUGAUCUGGACAAGAAAGUGAAAAUCCGACGUCAAAUUUAGCAGACGUUUGUGUGGUGGGCAAGUUCUUGUUCCCUCCAACGAUACAAACGUCUAAAAAAUUUCUCGACUUUGUGGAUCAAUAUCUUUCCUUACUUUUAGCGUAUCACCCUUAAACUUGGUGGGCCAGUUCUUUAAAAGGAGUUUAGCCCGUGUUUAACAAAACCGCGUUCUAAGGCAUUUUCAGCAGUUGCCCAACGCUUUUAUAUAAACGUCAUUUAUCUUGAAAAUUUUUAAUAAAGGAUAUUGGGUAGAUUGGAAAAGCACAUAUUUUUCUUAAAUUAACCCACUAGGAAAGCGAUCUGGAGGUCCAAUGAUUUCUUAAACGGCGGCUUAAGUUAGACUUCGUUUAAAUAACCGACCCGGUAAGCUUCAUAAUUUGAAGACUCUCUUUCUGGUAGUGUACAUUCGCUAACAGGUCUUUAUCAAGACUUGAAAAAAUAAACGUAGAAGUAAGGGUCUACUAGUUGAGUAUCAGACUAUGGACCGGUAAGUUAGGGUCUAGUUCCCGAGUGUAGACCAACAGUCGGAGUCUAAAAAAAACUAAGUAGCGCUUACUGGCUUUGAAUCACAUCUGCCAAUGACUAAACGAUUAUGGACCUCAUUAUCGGAUGAGGAAAAAAAACGUAGGUACCUUUUUACAGCACUUCCCUGAGACGUAAAAACAAACAAACAAACACAUAACUAUGGAGGUAUUAUUCUCGCGCAAUGACCAUUUCUAUCUAUCAGACAAAUAUCCACUGCCCAGUUUGGUCCCAUGAGGUAUCCCUUAGGGGACUGGAGCCCACUAUGGAAAAACAACCAUGUGCUAACUUGAUCCUCUGAGAUCGAUUCGACUGAAAAUCGAUAACCCAAUUGAUUAUACUUAGCUGUAUAUCUAAUUUACAUAAUUUCUGCAGCACUAUACCAUGAUCGAUAAAAUCGAAAGCUUUACGGUGAUCAGAUAAAACUGUUAUAACUGUAGAACUGUUCUCGUCUGUCCACAUGGAGCAGUGGUACAGCAUAUUAAUUAGCGCAAUAUUUGUUGAGGACCCUUUGGUUACCCAAUAUUGAUUGUCUUCAAUAAGCGACGCACGUCAAAAAGUGGGUUUUUCAAAUUUUGGGUGGUUUCGCGCAAAUUUUCAGUCAAAUCGCCUCUAUAACAAAAGAAGCAAAAUUUUUAUAUCCAAGGCAUUUAAGACACAAAAACGUCGCUGCUUAAGCUCCCUGAUUGACAAAAAAAAGCGGGUCGGGAAAGUCUUAAAAAUUCUUUCCACUUUGGACACAGAAGGAGUGAGACAAAUCGGUCUUAAAUCUUUCUUAAUAUCCUGCAAAUAAAUCUGAUAUUUCCUCGUCACGGGGCAACAACCUAAGUAAUUUAUUUAUUGUUUAUUUUAUUUAUUUACGUAGGCUACUAUCGAGCUCUUGGUCGCAAAAUCAAUGCCAGAUACCUAAAAGAGCGACUGAUAGAAAAGGACCCAAACUUCGGUUAUUCUACAAGAACAACGAUGGAGCUCAUUCAACAACUGGAUAUCUUAGCAGACACUUUGUUCAUCGAGGCGAGUUUAUUAGGACGCUAUAAAUUGUUUAGAACAAUCACUUUAGGCAAAAACCGGAAAGCAUAUGUCGAUGAUUUUUGUGCCAAGGUACAUCGCACUAUGAUAAGCAUCCAUCAUCAUGAUUCAUAAUUUAUAGUAACUGAUUAUUCUUUCUUUUUUGUAAUUAUUAAUUAUAAGAAAGGCAGUAAGUACAAGGAAUUUGAUCGACUUCAGGUGAGUGUAGUCCAGAGAAGAGCUCUUGUUGAAAGUGGUAUGCAGUCACUGUCAACAACAGGCCUAUUCAGGAUCUUCAUUCAUACCAUCCAAAUCAAACUAAACAAAUCCAAUCUUAUUUCGCUUAGAUUAGUUAGCCUUGUUGCGUAGAUAUGAUUACAGCGAGAAGACACGAAAAACUUUUUUUUGCAUUUGUAAUUGCCAAUUAAUUCAUAAAUUGCGCCAAUAUGUGCGGUUCCUAAUGGUUACGCCCAUUUACUUAUAAAAGCUCAGCUAUGCACUGGUACAGUUGGACGAGAUAACGGUUGUUUUACUUUCUUCUAAGAAAUAUCUAAGGAUCUACCUUAUUAUUUGGAACUUAAUUUCGCUUUUUAAUAAAGACCCGUGAAAAUUAAUCCCCGCGAAAUUUAAGCAGGCGAAAUUAAAUACUCAUCCGGAAAAUUCAAUCACAGAAACCAAUAUUAACUUGUAAUAGAAACAACAUAUACCAGAUAUGAACCAACAAUAAAACUUGUUAACUAGUUUUAAUGUUAAGCUAGGUUUUGUAUCUUCAGUAAGUGAAAUAACGUCAAUUUAUAAAGCUUUCACAUUUUGCUUUUCCAGUUUAACUAGAAAUUUGAAAUCUUUCUGGCUUUUUUUAAAAAAUAAAAUGAAAUGAGAAUGCUUACAUCCGCAAACAAAACCCCGUGAAAUACUCUUUCCCCAAAAUCGCGAAGUUAAUUACCAUUAAGGUACCAGUUAAUAUGAGUCUAAUGUUCAAACUAUUUACAAUGCUAUCAGCAUACUAAUUAUCGUUACUGAACACAAUGUAACUUUUUAUUUUUUAUUGUCUAUAUUGUCCGUCCCUUUCAGUCUUCCGCAAAAAAGAAUUUUGCGCCGAAUAGAGACUUCGAAGAGCAUCAGAAAAAUACCAGGUAUACCUAGUACCAAACUAUAGAGUACAUACAAAUGGUCCGAGCUAGUAGAAAUAUUGGCAUAAUAAGAUCUCGAAAGAUCGAUCAAAAAUCUGAUAGCGAAAAACAGUGUGAGGAAAUGUGAAAAGGCCUUACCAAAUAAAUGUUUUAUUUCAGAUAGCGACUAUAAUGUCUGACUCAGCAUCUGCUCAGGUCAAUGCGCAAAAGCGACGACUUAUUGCGGCGAGGGCAAUAGACGAAAGUGAGAAAAGGAUGUACGUUCAGGUACUAUCACAAGGACAAAUUCUAUCUUACUAAUACUUCAGUUUUUUCGAAAACCCGGAGGGGUUCUCCCUAUAAUGGCUUAUACGGAGAGACCCCGCCCGUAAGGGGUACUUCUCUCAGGCUUGAAGUAUAUGAAAGGGGAGGGGAAAUCUGUCAUUUAGGUCUGUAAAAAGGCCCAACAGGGCUAAGAGAUGCAUUUUAUGGCGCACCUUUUAAUUGGAAAGGUUCGAUUUGCCAUUUCGUUUUUAUUCGUCGGUAUUGUUUUAUACAGGCCAUUCUAGAAGCAGAACGACAGAUGAACUAUACACUCCAAAGAAUCCUGAAGCCGAUAAGGGAAGCUCAAGCAGCAGAAAGCACCAAAUUAAGCAAACAACAGAUGGUUGCUGUACUUCAAGGAAUCACAGGCUUUUCAUCGGCGAUAUUCACAAGCAAAACAUCGGAAGAACCACAGGGUCCAUUCGCUUACAUCGAAACAGCACUCGUAAUUAUAGAUUAUGAUACCAACAAACAAUGCCGAGCAGCACUUGAUUCAGUUGUUAAAAGUGCCGAAAAAUGGUUAACGUUUGGGCAAUAUAGGCCACUAGAAGAUUCCAGUGAUCUGAACUUUGAUCUCAUAGAUGUCAGUUCAGUUACCGACAUUAUGCAGGUAUGGUUCAUGGUUUUAAAUUCAUUCGGUAGAUUACAUUGUUAUAAGUUUGUUCCAUUGUCAUUGUUAUAUUAUUCUUCAUUUUUACUUCCAUUUUCAUUUUCAUUGUCGCUGUCGCCGUGACGCACAUGGUUUUCGAGCAAGCUCUCUGGGGUGCUCUGGCGGUGGGGGGGGGGAAAAGGAAAGAGAGCUUGCAAGUACGUCUCUGGAAUUUGAAUAUCUGCAUCAAAAAAGUCGAUGCGAAAUGUUGAUUGGCGGAGAUGACAUUAGUAGUGACGUCAUUAACCUUGGCACGUGGUUUUCAAUGUCCGUUUACAUUCGCGCUCGUUUCUGCUUCGCGUUGACUGGCGGAAAUCUGACAGCUCUGUCGACGGGAAGCCACAGGAGAAUUGGAGGUGAAAUUCAAAUUCCAGAGACAUAGUUGCAAGCUCUCCUUCCUUUUCCCGCUCCGUCGCCGCUAGAGCGCCCUAGAGAGCUUGCUUGCAGGCUAUGACGCACAACAAACCUGCCAAGUUUCAUUGCAGCAGCGUUAAUAAUUGCCUCCAACUAAAGAAGGGCCAGGCAAAAUAGGGUUAAUGACCCUUUCGAACUAUCGUACGUGUUGUUCUUGAAAAUUUUUUUGUUUUCAUCUUUUAAAGGCCAACCUAGAGAUCAACAAGGAGGGGUUUGCAGCUGACCUUGUAUGCCUGUUGGAAGAGGGUACGCCCCGUAACGUGGCACAACUGAAAGCGGAAAUUGAGAGUUAUUUUGUUUUAGGAGCAGCUCGUAUUGAUAUGAUAGCUAAAGUUAUGGACCUUGACAAUUCCAUUGGAGGACACAAUUUUGAUAUUCCACUCCUUCAUCAGACUGAAAUGGCCAUUGCUGAGUUUAGCCAACCAGAAGGUAUGAGAUUAAAAAUGAUCAAUUUCUAA